AUGAGUGUUUCAGUUGGGAGAAGCUUAGCAUGUUCUUGUUCUUCAUCUUCUUUUGUAAACUACAAUAGUACAAACAAAAGAGCAUUUGGUACAAGUGGUAGAUGCUAUAGGAGUUCAAGAUUCUUGAAAACAGCCAUUAAAGCUCAACAAAGACCUACAUGGCUUCCUGGGCUUGACCCUCCACCCUAUCUUGAUGGAACUCUUGUGGGAGAUUUUGGGUUUGACCCACUUGGACUUGGAGAGGACCCGAAGAGCUUGAAGUGGUAUGUGCAAGCUGAGCUGGUUCAUUCCCGUUUUGCCAUGGCUGGAGUUGCUGGAAUUCUUUUUACUGAUUUGCUUCGGGUAACAGGGAUAAGUGACUUACCAGUGUGGUAUGAAGCGGGUGCCACCAAGUUCAGUUUUGCGAGUACUAGGACACUGUUCAUUGUUCAAUUACUUUUAAUGGGGUUUGCUGAGACAAAAAGGUACAUGGAUUUUACUAAUCCGGGGUCUCAAGCAAAAGAAGGCUCCUUUUUUGGUUUAGAAGCUGCCCUAGAAGGUUUAGAACCAGGAUAUCCUGGUGGGCCAUUGCUAAAUCCUCUAGGCCUUGCUAAAGAUAUUAAAAAUGCUCAUGAGUGGAAGCUUAAGGAGAUAAAAAAUGGGAGGCUUGCAAUGGUGGCAAUGCUAGGAAUAAUCGUGCAGGCUAACGUGACACAUGUGGGGCCCAUCGACAAUCUUGUUAAGCACCUAUCCAACCCAUGGCAUCAAACCAUUAUUCAAACUCUUUCUGGAUCUGGUUCUUGACAAUAUUAUAGUUUUAUUUUCUAAUAUAUAUUUUUUUUUAUAAAAUGUUAAAAAGGCAAUCUCAAAAAGACAAAAACCACCUCAUAAAUAUAAAAUUUCAAAAAUUAAACCGCAAGUCCUUUUAGUGUUUCAAAUAUUUAUCAUUAGUCAUCACCAUUCAUUCAGUUUAAAAACGGAGAUUGAUUUUAUCCGUUUGUCUGUUACAAAAACAUUAUAUAUAAUUUGUUUCGUUAUAACAGGUUCAAAAUUCAUUGUGAAUUUUUUUAUCACUCAAAAGGUCAAUAAUUGAAAUUGUUUUCGAAUUAUUAAACAUUAAAAAACUGAUUAUCUAUAUUUUUUGAGAAUAUAAUAAUCAAAUAACGAGUUUUUAUUGACAAUCCAAACAACACAUAGAAUGAGUGUGCUUAGUUUACUCAAUGUACAUAAUCUUUUUUCAUAUAAAAUUUAACAUCAUUCUAACUUCUAAUUAAAUUUACCUGGUUUUCAACAAAUUAAGUUGGUGUUUGGCAAAUGAGGUUAUUACCUUAUUAUCGGUUCCACACUGCUAUAAGCUAAAAAAUGUUUGGAUAAAACCAAUUUAUAGCGGUGACAAACCGCUAAUAAAUCAUUUUUUUAUAAGUUAACUCUCUCUGACUUAUUAGCUAAUAAGCCAUAAGUUUUUUUGUCAAACACCCCCUGAAUAAAGCUAAUGUGAUACAAAUGGCAACCAACAAUAUUCAAUUUGCUAUUUAGGUUACUUAACUUUUAGUUAUAUUCCGUGCAUUGCUAAAUUAUUUUAUUUAGUUCUCAUUACACUAUUGAAGUAGAUUUCAACAUGUACAGAAUCCUACAUGACAACCAUGACAACCAUUCUGAGUUUAAAUAAUGACAAAACCUUGUUCAUUUAGAUCUAACUAACAUUAACAUUGCAUCCAUUAUUACAUCCAACAUGAAAAAAUUACUAAUUAAAAUGCAUGUUAAUGGUGUAAUAAGAACACUGAAAAAAGUUUAAUGACCAAUUGAAUACAAUUAAAUGAUAAGUGACCAAAAAAUAUGAACUAGUCGGAUCAUAAUCCACAUACAUCUCCCAUAAUGAGAAUAGGAUGAUGAUCUUCAUCUUCUCACUACUUGUCGUGUUCCAUUCCAACGUGCUACCAACUUCAAUGGUUUUCCCGUCUUUCAAAAACAUAAAAUCCAACAUUUUUCGAUCAUCAUGAGGCAAAGGCAUUCAGCCCCUUUGAACAUCGAUGAAGAUUGCAUAUGUUGUGAAGUUGUUGGUUGUAGUAAAGGAUAUGUCAUUGCAUAUAUUGUGUACUUGUUUGUUUCAACCAUCAUCUCUAUCAAGUUUUCAAUUCUUUUCAAACUAUUUAAUCUUGCAUCGAUGAAUAUAAUUAUGAAGAUUUGCUUCAAGGUUAUGUUUUAAGAACUCAUUAGAAUAAAAUAUAACACUUUUGAGUAAUUCACACAUUUUAAAUACUUGAAAAGACUUACUUAAACACAAAGAAUCUAUAGAAGCAAGUCUACGAGACUAUGACCAAAUACAUACAUCAAAAAUUUAUAGUGCUAGUUAAUUUGUGAGUUAAAUUGAACAACUUGCAAGUAGGCUAGCUUGUGGAGUGCGAUUGCUCGUUGGUAAUGUCUCCCUUUCACCCACAAUUGCAAUUUUGGAUAUGUUUUAUGUGGGCAGAUUCCAUGUAUUUUAAGGACCGAACAAAAAGUAAUGAAAACAUUUAUCAUGACAACUUAGUGGCAGUGGCGGAUUCAGAAAGAAAAGUCAGACGUCCCACGAAUUUACACAAAAUUCACAAUUAUCAGACUUUAUGAUGGAUUACCAACGGAUUCGUGAUGGAUUGUGACAGAUUUCCAACGGAUUUGGGACGAAUUUUCACUAAAUUUACAUUUGACGGGAAAAUUUAAGGGGUAGCCUGUGCUACCCCGUGCAACAUAGUAAAUCCGUCCAUGCUUGGUGGGUUUUAUGGAACUUUUAUAUAAUUCCUGUGUAUUUGGAUCUAAUAACUUAGAAAUGAAAC